GCUGGCUGUAGCAAAUCUGCAGUAGGCAACUUUUAUUAAAAAAAAUAACAUUGGGUCCCAAAGCUUCAAGCCACCGACCCAAAACAUUGGUAUUUGACGACCUGGGAAUGAGACUCAUCUUUCAAAUAUCUUUUCUCGGCUCUGAUUGGUUGUUUUGUGUUUAGGCUCGGGGGAUUCUCGGAAACGCCAUUAAAGAGAACGAGGACGAGCCAGAGGAACCAGUCUUUUUCACAUGUACCAGGAUAUAGCGAAGUUUUCAGCACAUAUAACAAAAAGUUAUUUUGAUAAAAGAGAGUGGUAUUAAUCUUCUAUUUAAUUAAUUAAAGUAAUUAAUGUUCUUUGGAUCUUACAAAAGCUGGCACAUGUAGGCUACUGUACCCUUAAACAUCCACAGGGGUCAAAUUAGAAGUUUUGUUUCCUAAGUAUUCACUCAACAAGUUAUAGUUUUUGUGCAUACGUUGUUGUGAAUGGAUUAAUACCGAGUAAGGACAGCAGUUUCCCAGAAUUGUCCAGUUCAAGCCACAACAAUAACAACAAUAAUUUUCUGAAAGUCUCAUUUUCAUCAGAUUACUAUAUAAUGACAGCAUGGUGGGUAAAUGAAGGAUGAUUCCAGUAUUUUCACUGCUUUUGUUUAUUCAUUACAGAUCAUCGUCUUUCUCUGGUUGGUGUCUAGUGAGAUGAUGUGUCUCUUCCUUCAUCUGUCAUCCGCACGUGCCUUGAGGAUUUACACAUACAUAAACACACAGAGCCUCUAAGCACAUCUGCUCAGUCACAAGUUAAUUCAAUGUAAACAGCCGAGAUCUGAGAAUGACAGGCCUGAUUUCUCAAUGGGGUUUUGCUGAGGGGAAGAACGAUGCAUUUAAUUGAGAGAAGGGAUGUUGCAUGUGGAGUGAAUGAUGCCGGCUGUAGAGCUUAUCUAUCUUACAGUUUAAGUCAGGAUUAAGGCGGCGGAUUUCCAUUGAAGUUUAAAAUGGUAAAUAAAGAGUCCUUUGUGUAAAUAUUAACAAACAUUUGAUCCAAAUUUUGUGCAGCUUUCACCAAAAAACAAAGCAAAAAUAAAGAAAAUCAGGGUAAAUGCCAGAAGUCCACUCUGAGCUGAGAAAUGUGGGAAAUGUAGUAAUGUAUGUAUGUAUUUCACCUGGCCGCCUGUGCGUCACUCAGUCGUAUUAGACUGCGGAGUAGAUAGUGAGCAUGUUUAAUGGAUCAGGCUCUUUAUUAGUGACAAGCAGAGAUGGAUGGACUACAUGAAGAAAGCACAAUGAGAAGCUAUUAAAAAUAGAUAGCAGUGAAGGGCUGCCAGGGAUUGAAUAGGAUCCCAGAGGGGGAACAAUACUUUCUUACAGUCUGAGAGCCAGUCUUUUACUUUCACUAGUUGUCUUGUUUUCCCCCCUUUUUCUUCAAUUGCGGUGCACCUGUGCUGCCUGCUGGAUGGGUUAAUUGUGCAUUUUUAAUCACCCUUUCUCUCCAGCAUUUUUUGACUGACAGUAUAACAAUAAUCAUGUCUUCUCUCCCAAAUAAGAAUUUAUCAGAAUUAACACUCCAAUCAACAGUCCCCUGUGUUGUUCUUGUUCUCUGCUUUUUGAAAACAAAUCACUUCAUGCGUACAGUAGAAAACAAGGGGCCGUGAUGUGGUUACUCUUAUUUCAGAGAUCUGCAGUUGCUGCCCUGCCAGGACUGCUGAUCAAGAUCAAAACCAAAUGUAUUUUUUACCCUAAAGAUUACAAACUUCAUUUGUGGCUUGGGGCGACGCCCACACAGCUGCCGAAUCAGCUCAACAUUUCCAAGAUUACUAAUGCCCCCGCAAAUAUAUUUCUAUUUCUUUCCUCAUCCAUUUUUGUUUACUCGACUCUCUGUUUGCCUAAAGUUACACUUGAUGCAUGGUCGGGGAAAUAUAUUGUGAAGAUUUGAUUUUUCUUUUCUUUUUCUUUUUGACAGGCAUAGAAAGACUAAAAAUGGCCCAUGACAGAUUCUCGGUCCUCCUAUUGAUGGAAAGCGCGGUGGACUUAAAGGAUAACUUCCUCCACGUUGCUGCUGGAAUGAGCUGUCCGGCUGAGAGGUUCAGACAAGCAACAGCUGGGUUGAGUGAUCUGAAGCUCUUUGGAUCUCAGCGUCACCUGGACUUGAUCCCUCCUUGCUGACUGAGCAGCUGCUGGUGAUUGCUACUUUUAAUUUUGACCUAUCUAGGCUACACACACCUGAGGCUCUGCAUUUGCUGGAGUGAGCUCUUCCCAGACUGCACUUACUGUCUUUGGGAGAGGCAUCGUUUGGAGAAGGGUGGCUGUAAAUGUGUGUCCCCGCGCUGGCACUGGACUGUCACCCUCCAAGUCUCCUGCACCCUGUGAGAGCCCCUGGAAGCCACCUGCUGUGCCUCUGGGAUGGUGUGACCUCCAGCCAGCUGUUGGACAUCCCACAUCUGGGUCAAGAUGCCGGUGAUGAAGGGCCUCCUGGCCCCACAGAACACCUUUCUGGACACCAUUGCUACACGCUUCGAUGGCACCCACAGUAACUUCCUGUUGGGCAACGCCCAGGGCCACCGCGGCUACCCCAUCGUCUACUGCUCGGACGGCUUUUGCGAACUGACGGGCUUCACAAGAACUGAGGUGAUGCAGAAGAACUGCAGCUGCCACUUCCUGUACGGGGCCGACACCAGCGAGCACGUGGCCCAGCAGAUGGAGAAGGCUCUGGAGGGCCGAGAGGAGUACCAGGCUGAGGUCCACUUCUACAAGAAGAAUGGUGUGGCCUUCUGGUGUCUCUUAGACAUCGUGCCCAUAAAGAACGAGAAGGGCGAAAUGGUCCUCUUCCUCUUCUCGUUCAAGGACAUCACUGACACCUAUGGAAGGAGCCACCACAACAGCAAGAAGGACGGCUCAGAGGACAAGAGGCGCAGGAGGAAGAGCGGCUCUCACUUCAGCGAGGCCAGGAAGCGUGGACGCACCAUGUUGUACCACCUGACCAGCCAGUUCUCGAGGGGAGGCAAAAGAGAGGUCAACCUGGGUGGCAGUAUCAUUGAGAAGCCUGUGAUACCUGAGUACAAGGUGGCAGCAGUGCAGAAGUCGCGCUUCAUUCUGCUCCACUACAGCGUGUCCAAAGCCCUCUGGGACUGGCUCAUUCUGCUGGCCACCUUCUACGUGGCUGUCACCGUGCCCUACAACGUCAGCUUCACGCCGUACGAUGACACUGUCACAGCUGCACGCUCCACCAUCGUUAGCGACAUUGUAGUGGAAAUGCUCUUCAUUAUAGACAUUAUCCUGAACUUCCGCACCACCUUCGUGAGCCAGUCGGGGCAGGUGGUGUAUGAGUCGCGCCCCAUUUGCAUUCACUACGCCACCACCUGGUUCUUUGUGGACCUGGUGGCCGCCCUGCCCUUUGACCUGCUGUAUGCCUUCAACAUCACAGUGACCUCCUUGGUCCACCUGCUCAAGACUGUACGCCUGCUGCGCCUCCUUCGUCUUCUCCAGAAGCUGGAUCGCUACUCCCAGUACAGCGCCAUGGUGCUGACCUUGCUUAUGUCUGUGUUUGCCCUGCUGGCACACUGGAUGGCCUGCAUCUGGUAUAUGAUUGGACGCAAGGAGCUGGAGACCAAUGAGACCUGGGACAUUGGGUGGCUCCAUGAGCUGGGCAAACGUCUGGAGACACCCUACAUCAACAGCACGGUGGGCGGCCCGACAGUACACAGCUCCUACAUCGCUGCCCUUUACUUUACCCUCAGCAGCCUGACCAGUGUGGGCUUUGGCAAUGUCUGCGCCAACACCGAUGCUGAGAAGAUCUUCUCCAUCUGCACCAUGCUCGUUGGCGCGCUGAUGCACGCCCUGGUUUUCGGUAAUGUGACGGCCAUCAUCCAGCGUAUGUACUCACGACGUUCUCUCUACCACACACGCAUGAAGGACCUGAAGGACUUCAUCCGUGUCCACCGUCUGUCCCAGCAGCUCAAACAACGUAUGCUGGAGUACUUCCAGACCACGUGGUCUGUCAACAAUGGUAUAGAUGCCAAUGAGCUCCUACACGACUUCCCUGACGAGCUGCGGGCCGACAUCGCCAUGCAUCUGAAUAAGGACAUCCUCCAGCUGCCGGUCUUUAAGGGGGCCAGUCGUGGCUGCCUGCGCUCGCUCUCCCUCCAUAUAAAAACCUCCUUCUGCGUCCCUGGGGAGUACCUCAUCCGUCAAGGCGAUGCACUGCAUGCCAACUACUUCGUCUGCUCCGGGUCUCUGGAGGUGCUGAAAGACUGCAUGGUGCUGGCAAUAUUAGGAAAAGGGGACCUGAUUGGGUCUGACCUGCCUGGAACAGACCAGGUGAUCAAGACCAAUGCUGAUGUGAAGGCGCUGACCUACUGUGACCUCCAGUAUAUCAAUGUGCGUGGCCUGAGAGAAGUGCUGGAACUCUACCCUGAGUACGCCAGUGUGUUCGCCUCCGACAUCCACAACAACCUCACCUACAACCUGCGGGAGGGCAGCCAGGACGAGGGCCACAGCAGGUUCUCAAGGUCCCCCAGGCUUUCUCACGAACCCAGGCUCCCCUCCAUCGUGGAAACAAAGGGGGACGACCCUGAUGACACCUUCCACCUCUCUCCAGCGACCCGCUCCCGUCGCAACCUCCUGCUGCCCAGCUUCAGCAGCCCAGUUCGCCGUACCUCCCUGGGAAACCUGCUAGGGGAUGAGCUGCGGCAGUUCAACGCCCUGCGACGCUGCCGUUCACCAAACCUCAGUCGUGGCCUCCACGGGCAGAGCUCAUCUCCUCAGGCACCAUCAAAAAAAGAGCAUGGCACCCCUACAGCCACCCGAGCCUCAACGUCUUCAGCCCAGGGAGAGUCAGGGGCUGAGCAAAAGCCUUCAAAGCUGCUCAUCCCAACUGUCACCUGUUUUGGACCCCCAGAUCUUAGUCCCAGGGUUGUAGACGGCAUCGAAGACAAUGGGCACACGUUCCAUUUCAACGUGGAGCACAGCGGGCCUAAGGCCAGUACAGGAGGCACCACCCAAGACUCCACACAGGCUAAUGCCACUCUGCUGCGGGAGACGGAGGAGGUCAGACAGAGCAUCAGUCAACUCAACCAAAAGAUGGGCACAUUAAACCAGGAAGUAUCUGAGCUCACCAAGGGCCUGCACCACAUGAUGCACCUCCUCCAGGCCCACGUAUCUGUACAACACUACAAAGCCUCCCUUCCCUCAUACCCAUAUGGCAUCCAAAUGGUGUCCAGCCCUCCCACAGCCCCCAACACUGGUAUGCCCUUUAACCUAGCUUCAACCUACCACCUCCACAACGAUCCUGGGAGCCAUGAAGGCCACGGCCACCAAAGCGUCCCACAUGCUAAUCACUGGAGCUACAGCGCAGCUGCUGAAACCCAGACAGAGAUCCACCACCAGCCUCAGUCCUCUAGUCCACCUGCUAACUCCUGUCCGCCCCUGUCUGUAAACUCUACACCCAGGUUAGGCCCGUGUCAUGGCUCUGAGAGCGUGACCGCACAUCUGUGGAGCAGCUCGUCUCUACUUAACGUCAGCCCAGGCUUCCAGGGUGGAAGUCCAGGCCUUGCACCUCAUGCUGGACAUGAAGACUCUGACUUCAGACCUCUCAGUGCUAGCCCAACCGCCAUCAGCCAGUCCCAGCCCACUUUGUGCCUGCAGCCUCCCAGCGAUAGUGAUGAAUACUCUUGCCUUUUGUCCAGUGCCCCUACAAGUACGUCCACACACAGCCUGCUGGACUCGCCACCCAGUUCCUACCCUGAGGACAUUUGUGUGCUUAUGUCCACCACAGCAUCUCAUAAUCUUCUCCAGGACACCUCCAUCUUCCAAAUCGAGGACUCACACUCCUCAAUCCACCCUUUGUCUGCCUCUCCACCCACAUUGACAGGCCAACCUCUCGGAUCCUCCCUGGAUUCGGGAUCACUUCGAUCAGAAGCUCUGGACCCCCACCUUCCACUGGGCGACCCAUCGGCCAUAGAACACACCAGUCUAGAGUGCCUACUGGGGAACGGGGGCUCUAUGGAGAGCAGGGACAGUGAAAGCGCAUCAUCGCGAAGGUCCAGCAUUGGCGUCCAGACUCAGAGCUCAGAGCAGUCGUGGUGUCUGGACCUCACAGAUUAAACUGUGUGUGUUGCAGGGGCAGACUCACUGACUCUACUUAAUAACUCUAGUUAUUAACUAACAUGCAACUUCUGACAGUAUUUAAAGAGAUUCAGCUGGAGAUUGUCAAUGUGUGCUGUAUUUACCCCUCUUAAGUCCUGGGCUCUCAUAUUUGUCAAACUCCAUGCAAUUUUCACCAUUUCUAUGCAAGAGCAUGUAAUUUGUGCAUUAUUUUGGCUUUAUUGAAGUGUGUCUUUUUAAAGAAAAAAAAAGUUCCACAUCUGUGGCUUCCAGUAUAUACUGUAUAUUUUUUCCAACAUCCUCAGAGCAAUUUGCAGUUGAUAAUACCUGUUACCUCCUUGCAUGGUAAAGUUGUUUAUUCUUUUUCCUAAGGAAAAGGUUUUCAAAUCAAUGUGUAAGCAUUCUACAUGACAACCUGUUGAUUGUGUACACAGAUACUGUAUUUGUAAGGCAGACAGGUCAGAGUAGCUGGAUGUUUAAAUGUACCGAGGAACAGAAAUGACACAUGCUUCACCUUGCAUAUAGGGAAUAGAGUAUGUGCAUCACACAGCAUAGAUUGUUUAUUGUUUUUAAUUGAAUGUUUUUCUCAGUUCAGCAUUUUUGAUUUAUAAUUCCACUGAGCAUCUGCAGUUGUAUGCUCUCUUAAAGAACCUCCAGGAGAUGUGGAUAAAUUUCCUAUUUUUCCUUCACCAAGGCAUUAAAGGUAGCGCUGUGAAAUAGGUUUAAUUGCUCUCUCCACAAAAAAACAUUUAAUAAAUAAAUAAAAGCUUUAACAAUUAUUUCUCAAGGAUUUACAAUUCUAUAAACACGACAUAGCUGCUGAUAAAUUAAACAUGAAUAAAUAUACAUAUUAAGAUGACAAGUGGGUCCCAUGAAAUAUUUAGUAUUGUGAUUAAUUUACAAAAUAUAAAUGCCUCCUUGGAAAAAAACAUUAACUCAUGAUACUCGUACAAUAUUCCGAGUAUUCAGGAACUUUGUUCUUUUUGAAUGAUUUCUUCUUGGCUGAUAAAAUAAAGUAUGCAGAAAUAUA